AUGGCAGAAAAAACAGCGCCUUUACGGGCAAAGCAAAGUUGGCAAGAUCUGAAGAAAAAUGUAAAAGCAAAGAAUUCUAGGAUUAAUCAGCACACUCAGGGAACGGGGGGCGGUCCACCGACGGAUGAGGAGUUUAAUCACUCUGAAAUGGAAAUACUGGGUAUGUUGGUGCCGACAAUCUUGAGUGGUAUACACGACAUCGAAUCGGACGCUACGUUCGAGGAAGGUGAGACUGAAGAGAUCCUUAUAGAAUCGCAACUUGAUAAAACCGUGGCAGUGGAGGAAGACAAUAAAGAUGACACCGUGGUCGUCGGAAAAAGCAAAAACGAAGCUGUGGAGCCAACGGCUGAGCAAAUUAGGUUUUCGGAAAGGGAAAAUAAGGAGAAUGUGCCUUCGCCCAAAGCUAAUAAUCCACGAUUGGGUCCUAAAACCCCCGACAAAAAACGUAAAUUUACGACUACAUCAGCCAGACUGCAAAGUUCUUUGACUAUGAGCAAAGAACUUCUGUCAACGGUAAAGGAAAAUCUCGAUGCGACAGAAGCUUAUCGAGCAAAGAAGCUGAAGCUGUUGGAAAACCAACUCGUUGUGCAGGAAGCCAUUCGGGAUCACUUGAAAGAGUUGAAGGAAUACUUUCAACAAAAUUCCUACUAGUUGUGCCAGGCCAUUUGUCUUACGUUCUAUUUUUUGUUUUGUAGCCAAAGAAUAUCAUGUUACGGUUAUGUUGAGUUGAUUGAAGUAAUUAGGAAAAAUGCUAGUUGCGUUUAUUUUUGUUCAUAAUAUUCAUAAAUACGAAUUUAAUUUUUUAUUUCAAUUAAAGUGAGUUGCAAUAAUGUGCCGUUGUAUUUGUCUGCCAGCGAGGAGAUCCCGAUUUACUCGAUUUCCAACAUUAUUUGGUUCUUCCAAGUCCUCCAUAUUGACGUUCAUUCCAUAGUCUAGAUGUUCCAAAUUGUAUUCUGGUUCAGGCACAUUGCGCUCUAGGCACAUGUUGUGUAAAACAGUACAUGCAUUGAUUAUUUUGCAUGCUUUGGCCGGUGUGUAAUGCAGUACUCGAUCUUUCAACAAACAACGGAACCGAUUUUUAAAGACUCCGUUGCAUCGUUCGAUCGUGCUUCUAACCGAGGUGAAGCGUUCAUUAAAUCUUUCUUCAGCCGGUGUUAAAGGAGCACUCAGAGGCGUCAACAACCAUGGUCUUAGGGGAUAGCCAGAAUCGCCCAACAAGUAAAAAACAUCUCCGUUAUUUCGUCGGUAGACUGCUUCCAUGACCCGUGACACUUCUGAUUCGCGCCAAAUAAACGCAUCAUGGCAACUACCGGGAAAGCGGGCGCUGCUGGCGAUGAUUUUUAAAUUUUCGUCACAAAUAAGCUGUACGUUUAUGGAAUGUAGUUUUUCCGGUUGACGUAGAUAUGUUCAGGAUGCAAAGGAUCAUUGCUCGGUGGCUUAACUAUGGCCACAUGUGUACCAUCAACUAUCCCAACCACGCCAGGAAAUCCAUAUUUUUGGUAAAAACGUGCUCUCAAUUGUUGUAACUGUUGGCGAUUACGCGGAAAGUGCACCCAAUGAUUAAAUACUUCCGGUUGUAGCAAAGCAUUGCAAACUUCAUUUACGGCGCGACUAACCCAAGGACUAACCGUGGCUUGGCUAACGGCUACAAAGGUAUUGGUUCCAGUGAUUUCUUGAUAGGAUCCAUGACCAAAAAAUCGUAAUGCUAUAAGUAGCUAAAAGGUGAACUAUUUUAGUUAAUUUGCAAAAAUAAGUAGAUAUCCAUUCGCCCAUACCUUUCGUUCUACCGUUAAUGCUGACACCCUAGAUGAAACUGCCAUGAAUGGGGAUAUCUGUUGCAUUAUUUCAUGUGCCAGAUUUUUCGUUACCCGAAAAUAUUUUAUGAAUUUAUGUUCAGAUAAAUAUACGAAUGGAUCCCGUAUUUGGAACACCUGCCGUGGUCCGUGAUUAGCCUGUUCAUCAGCAUCUUGCAAAUCGCCAAUAAUGAUAUGGGCCGCAAUUAUCUCGUUUAUAUUCAUGUUCUCAACAAAGCAUAAAAACCGAUGACAUAACACAUGUCACUUUUCAAGUUCUCUCGCCGUUCGUAGGAAAGGAGCUGUUCACAUUUUCAAGAAUACCUAUUUUUUACUUCCAUGAAAACUUGUACAAUUUUCUCAUGAGAAACGAGCUCCCCGAUUUCAAGAAUAGCCGUCCUGGACUCUGUUGUAUCAGGUUUUUCUCAAAAUUUACAUAUUCGGUCAUUUUCUCACAAAAUCCUACUGUGGUGGGGUUGGGAAUAGCUUGGCGCUCAACCCCUCAAAAUUUUGGAAAUAAGUGAAAGAAAAAUGGAUUCUUAUCCAAUGUGCACCAGUGCAAAUAUAUAAUUGCUUCGAGUGUGCCACACCAGUGCCGCACUAUUUUUGCGAAUGGAUUUCGCUAUUGAAGUGUACCCUACAAAAAAAUAAAAUUCAGUUUAGUCUACACUUAAGAUUGAAUAGGAAUCUAUUUUUGUUUGAUUCGAUUUUCGAAAUUUUGGGGGGCUGAGCGUCAAUACCCCCCCAGUAGGAUUUUGUCGGAAAAUGACCAAAUAUGGAAAUUUUGAGAAAAAUCAUACAGUCCAGCACACUUCAGAUUGAAUAGGAAUCCAUUUUCCUUUGAUCUGAUUUCCAAAACUUUGGGGCCGCUGACCGUCAAGUUAGCCCCCCAGUAAGAUUUUUUCGGAAAAUGACCGAGUGUGGAAAUUUUGAGAAAAACCUGAUACAGCACACUUCACUUCAGAAUGAAUAGGAGUCAAUUUUUGUUUGAACUGAUUUCCAAAAUUUUGGAGGGCUGAGCGUCAAGCUAGCUCCUCAUCUUGUUUUUCCUAUAACUUUGGUAUCGGAACGGCACAGUUCAAAAUAUCAUCGGCAGGGCACAUUGAAGCACACUUCGAGCACAGUAGGUGGUUGAAAUUUUGUUGGAAAAUUCGAAUGUAGGGGGGCUAACUUGACGGAGCCCUCUCCAUGGGUGGUCCGUUUGUUGUUUAUCGCUAGCAGGUGAGGGGCCACGGGCGCUCGUACUACUUUUCAGGAGUGCUCGUGCUCGUACCACUUGGCAGGUAGCAGGCGCCCCAACAACUGGCCGCCUUUUCGUGCAAUAAAGUUUAAAGGUAUUUGUCUCUAUUUUUUUUUUAUCUGUAUAAAAAUAUACCAACUAAUAUACCUAGAGAGAAUAUGCCGCCCCCUCGGGCUGCCGCCCUAGUGUAAAAUCCGGCCCUGGCCAGAUCUGUGCAGCGAUCAGAAAAACACUCAAACCGUUUGAGGAGUCAUUUUACCACAAAUUUAUUUUGUUAAAAUUUAUUUGUAAGGUUGCUUCAUUCAUUCCAGCAAAUAUGACGGAACUGUCAAAGUCACGUGACCUGGAAUGGGGCAAAUGAGUUUGACAGUCGCCCUGAGGUAAAACAAAUCAUUUAUUUGCAUUCGUGUAGAUUAGGCCGGUUAUGUUUUAUGCGGUUUUCACAGAUUUUUUACAAGUUUUUGUUUUAUUUUGUCCUAAAAAAGUUGGAGUGAAGUGUUUGUGUUGCAGUCUUUGUUGUAUUUUAUCUAAAAGAUUGCUAGGUUUUCCUAUAAUGGAUUAAUUUCAGGUUUUUUCCAACAAAUAUCAAAACCAAGUGUGACAAGAACAAAUAUAUACACAUAGUUACUCUAUAUUCGAUCUAUUUUUCUGUCAGAUCUGCUCUUUUAAAAACAUUUAUCAAUUUUUCUCUUCUUUCUUGAGCUAAGAAAUCAAACCUCCCAUUGUUAUUUAAAAUCGAUGAAAACCUAUGGAAUGAUAUUGUAUCCCUUGCG